AAAAAAAAAAAAAAAAGGAAGAAUGUAUUCCCUUGAAUCAGUGAUCGUAGGGUGGUUGGCAUCGGUGAUAUGCACGUUGGUCGACGCCACUGACUAUUUGGACGAUUAUUCGUCCGUGUAUUAUGCCGAUGAAUCAGGCACUGAUUACAAUGCCACGAAUUGCACCAAUAUUUAUUGCAUCUCGAACGAAGAGUACGUGGAUCGUAUGAUGAACUAUAUAUUCCCCAAGUUUUGGGACUGGGUGUUGAUCGCGUCGCACAGUAUCAUCUUUAUAGUCGGCCUGGUCGGGAAUGUUCUAGUUUGUAUCGCGGUUUACAGGAACCACUCGAUGAGAACGGUGACGAAUUACUUUAUCGUCAAUUUAGCUAUCGCCGAUUUUUUAGUUCUACUGCUUUGCCUUCCGUUUACCGUACUGUGGGACAUCACGGAAACCUGGUUUCUAGGUUUAACCCUGUGCAAAGCCGUGCCAUAUCUCCAGACAGUAUCCGUGACCGUCAGCAUACUGACUCUGACUUUUAUAUCGAUAGAUCGAUGGUACGCGAUAUGCUUUCCCUUGAGGUUCAAGUCUACCACGGGACGAGCGAAAAACGCGAUUAUCGGAAUUUGGGCAAUAGCCCUUUUAUUUGAUAUUCCGGAUCUCCUGGUGUUGCAUACCGUUCCACCUACGCAUAUCAAAAUAAAGACCAUUUUGUUCACGCAGUGCAACAUGUCGUGGAGUCAAAGGAGCCAGGUUACCUUCACUAUCGUCAAACUAAUUUUCCUUUAUACCGGACCUUUGAUCUUCAUGAGCGUAGCCUACUGGCAGAUUGUAAAAGUCCUUUGGAGAAGCGACAUUCCAGGACAUAAUUUAUUCGCAGUGUCAUCAUCACGAGCAUCCCAGAUGAGUCAAAUUCCACCGACCGGUGGAGGAAAUCCCGAAGUGCAAUUGAGAUCUCGACGAAAAGCGGCAAAAAUGUUAGUCACGGUGGUCAUCACUUUUGCCAUUUGCUAUUUCCCUGUACAUUUACUCUCCGUUUUAAGGUAUACUACCACACUACCGUCGAAUAAAUGGAUAAACGCCAUCAGCCUAAUCGCACACGGCUUGUGCUAUUUCAAUAGCGCAGUUAAUCCUCUAAUCUACAACUUUAUGAGCGGGAAAUUUCGGAAGGAGUUUAGGCGUACAUUUCGUUGUAGUCGAGAGAAUAGUACUCGUAUGCAACGCGGAUAUCUUGCAAGCACGUCUAAUCUUCCACGAAUUAAAUCUCGAACCAUGACGAUACGAACAACGUUCAAGAAUAACAAUAACCUUCAACGAAAUACCGAAAUCAUACCUCUCAGUGCUAUAACCAGCGUUCAGCAAAACGAAAAACACGAUUAAUUGUAAACAUAUACACCAAUGAUUAUGACUAUCAAACGCGCAGUAAGAUUCACAAGUAAUUUAUUUACAUGUAAUUUGAACUUUAAUACUAAGAUAUAUGAUAUUAGAUAAAUACAACAAAAACGCCGUGUCCCAUUUGAUAGUAUUUUAAAUAACUAAAAUACUUGUAAAAAUCAUUAUACCUAGUUCCGAAAUUCAUAAAAAUUGGUAGACACUGAAAGUUCCACUGAAAAAUGGAAUCGUUUAAUAUAACGAAACAUUGAACUAUGUAAAAUGUACUUACAAUAUUAAAAAUUACUGGAGAAAAGCUCGAUGUUUAUUCCCGCAGAGCGUGAACUAUAACAUAGGCACGUACGAAUUUGUAAAUCAUUCUUUAUAAUAGAAUGAUUCCAUUUAGAACUAUUAUAUAUAUAUAAUUAUAUAUAUAUAUAUAUAUUGAACAAUACGAUAUCGCCGGGCGUGCUGACAAAAUUGUAUGUAAAAAGUUUAUUAAGAUAUAUAUACUAUCGCUAUGUCAUAAAUAUGUGAUGCAAAUCUCAUAUUCUGUACACUGCUACUAGCACAUCAUGUAAUCUUAACGGAACUUAUCUUUAGUUCGCAAAAAUUACAUUUUUACCGCAUACAAUUGUUUAAUUUAACGAUCAGUUCCACUAUUUGUAUGAUCUCAUCACUAUAAACGAGAAUUUUAUACGCGUAAACGUUAAUUAAUACAUCCAUAUAUUUGAAGUUUAUGUGAAACUGAAUAAGUUAAAAAGAGGAAAAUAAAUUUAGUCAUAUAUGGAAAAA